AGUCUGGAAACGGGAGACCUAAUUCUUGCAUUCUCUGAAAACGGAAACGAUUUACGUUGAAUUACUAAAAUGGAAAAAGCAAAAGCUCCAAGUGAGGAGAAGAGUGUCCCCGUUUGUCCAGUUAAUUACAAACAAGUUGAAAAAGCAACAGAUAGAGUGUGGCAAAAUGUAGAUAUGUUGAAAGAACUUCUAAACGUUGAAAAUUGUAAUCAAACACCGACGAUGCUGAAUAAUUGUACACAAGUUCACGUUGGACCAAAAAUUGAAAUUCAUUUUGAAGAAUCGAAAGCAAAUUCAUUAAAAAAAGAAGAGGAAGUAAGAGAUGCAAUGCUCAAGAGUUGCUGCCAGAUGCUGAAAAACAAAUACAAGACAUACUUUUCUUACAUGAGGUCCUUUUUGUGGGAGGGCAAAAGGAAAGAUUUUCCAUUAAAGGAUUAUUUCGUAGAAUUGACUGUAGAGAAAGCAGAUUUAUUUGGAAAAAAUAGCGAAGAGAAAAUAAGCCUGAAUGAGAUGUUUUCCAUUAAAGAAGACGGACACCAAACUAUUUUAAUUACAGGGGAUCCCGGUUAUGGCAAAUCUACUCUGUGCAAGAAAAUUGCGUACGAUUGGGCAACCACUGAUUACCUCAAACACUUUGAUUUAACUUUUAUUGUAAUUUUACGAGAAUUAGGCGAUAAAAGUGUAAAGGAUGCCUUACUCGAUAAUAUGCAUAAAUAUUCGUUAAUUAAUACAGAUUGGAAGUUUCAAGACAGGCAACGGAACAUUUUAGUGAUUUUGGAUGGGUUAGAUGAAAUUGUAGAAAAAUUUAAAAUUCUGAAAUUUAUAAGAGAAGAAUCUUUUUAUAUUACUUAUCAAAUGACUAUUGUGGUUACGAGUCGACCUCAAGCAGCUGAAGACAUCAGGGAAGACAUGAACAUGAGACUUUCGUUACAGGGAUUUCCUCCAGAGCAUCAAAAAAAAUACAUUCAAUUAAUGUUUAGAGAAGACGAAAGUAAAGCGAAGGAACUGUCUUGUGCACUGAAAGAAAACGAAUUUUACGAAGAAAUAUCAGAAUGUCCUCUGAUGCUGCAUAUGUUGUGUUGCCUUCAUCAGAAUGGAGAAAUAGAAAAACUUGAAACGAUGACUGAUUUAUACAUCAGAAUAUUUACUCUUAUAACCGAACGUUAUGUUAGAAAAACAAAUCAGCAGGGAAAGUUUAAAAAAGGAAAAUACUUCGUGGGAGAAAACUUGCUAUUGAAAUUGGUAAAAAUAAAAAAUAUCACCUCAGAACUCUUGACGGAUCAAUUUCCGAAAGAAGAUGAAUACAAUUUUAUCAUUGGACUGGACAUUCUCGUUCUCGAUUCAUUUUUUGAAUGCGAUAAUAGAAUUCAAUAUAGUUUUCUGCAUCGCACCUUUAAAGAAUUUCUAUCAGCUUUAUUGAUGUAUCUCGGAAAUGUUUCAUUUCCAGUUUAUAUUUUAGAAAUGGAAUUAUUAUUUUUAUUGGGAUUUUAUAAGGAUAAACCUUUAACCAAACAGUUUUUAACAUAUUUAGAGGAACAAAUGUUUCCACCUCAACUCAUGCUUCGAGUUCACAAAACACUCAAGUUGAAAGCAAAUUGGGAACAAUUUUGUUUUCAUUCCAAUGUGUUAAUUAAUUUUUCGAAAUACGUUAUUUAUUUUUUAAAGCUGUUAAAACUGCAUGAAUUUAAAGAAGUGUACAUCUAUUUCGGUGAGAAACCGGAUAAAACUGAGAAUAAUUCAAUUUAUUACUUGAACAAUUGUACUUCUCCGAAUAAUUUGAAGAUUUUUCUUAUCUUCGAAGCUAGCAGACCGUUUUGGGGAAAUAAAUACGAUAUCAGAAAAUCUGUUUCAUGUCAUCUCAAUUUGCUUGAUAAAAAUAACACAAAUAAUUUGGACAUUUUUCUUGUUGGAGUAAAAAUGUUUGUCUGCGGUCCAUUAAUCAGAUUCAAGAAAGUAAAUCGUAAUUUGAAUUUGUCUGGUGGUGCACUGAAAUUAUUAAAUGUAAGUGAAAACGCAGAAUUGAUUUCACUAGAAUCUGAAAUAGCCGGAAAAUUUUCUAUGAGUUUUAUUAUUUCAUUGGAGCAAUACGAAACUCUUCGUGAUCGUAUUAUGAUUUCAGUCUGCCCUUAAGCAGAAUUGAAAAUUUGUAAUGAUGUAGAAGACUAUAAAGAUAUAUAUAUAUCAGGGUUUUACAUGGAAGAAUCGUCUAAUUUUUUAACGACGAAACUGCAAUUAAUGAAAUGAGUAAGCUGAAAUGUUAAACAAUGCGAGUGUUCGAUUAAAAUAUCGUUGUGAGAAUAUAACUUUCAAUAGUUGUUCCUCUUGUGAAUAGAAAAGGAAAUGAAAUUUGUAUAGUUACUUAAACACUAUGGUAGCAACUACUGUAUUCGAAACAAAUUGUUUAUUGCAUUAAAUUAGGAAUGAAAUCACAAGUUUAAAUAUGAGAGCGGUAUGUAAUUGACGUAUAACAAUUACAAGCACUUUUGUAUUGUACUGAUAAAUAAUGAAAAUAAACGAUGUGUUACUUAAAGUGUGUUGUAUUCUUAACAAUUGUUAAGGCUUGAAAACGAAUACGAAUG